AUGGACACUGAUGGCUGCAAUGGACAAUCUUUUGCAUCAGUAGGUGGAGAUUCUUCAAUUGAAAGAGAUUUCUCUGAGGCACUUGGAGGUCCGACUGUGAGCACUCCCAACAGCAAAGAGACCUCCCCUUCUCACUCACACAGCGCAAAAUCAAACUCGAUUAAGGUGGAAUCAUACAGCGAUGAGGAGCAAGGCCGCUUCACCGAGGAGGAGAGAGGGGAGCGAGCAGAAGAGGCUGCAGUAGAAACUGGAUCUGUCUUCAGAGAACUCUCUCACACCGACACAACGACUGGAGCCAUCCGCCUUCCCAACGGGAAACUCAAGUGUGACAUCUGUGGCAUGAUCUGCAUCGGACCCAACGUCCUCAUGGUGCACAAGCGCAGUCACACGGGUGAGAGACCGUUCCAGUGUACCCAGUGCGGGGCCUCGUUCACACAGAAGGGGAACCUCUUGCGUCACAUCAAGCUUCACUCUGGAGAGAAACCCUUUAAGUGUCCGUUCUGCAGCUACGCCUGCCGCCGCCGCGACGCACUGACCGGCCACCUACGCACACACAAAGUGUCAUCUCCCUCCGUUGGGAAACCGCACAAAUGCAGUUAUUGCGGCCGCAGUUACAAACAGCAGAGUGCACUGGAAGAGCACCACGAGCGCUGUCACAGCUACUACCACAGCACUGAGACUCAGCCUCUGUGCACAGGAGACGAUGUGAAAGAUGUGGAUCUCGUCCCUGAUUCACUGGUGCAGCCGUCCUCAGAUAAAAUGGCGUUCAUCGACCGUCUCGCCAACAGCAUCACCAAACGCAAGCGAUCCACUCCACAGAAGUUUCUAGGACAGAAGCAGAUUCGCCUGAACUUCCCAGAUGCACCGUACGAGUUGCGAGCACAGGACACAGAAGGUGAGCUCACUGUGGAGGCCCCUCCCUUCACAAGUGUGGGGGGGGCGGAGUUCAGACCACAGCAUUCGUCCAAUCACCAUCUGUCUGAGCUGCGGCCCUCGCUCAGCACCGCGCCACUGUCUUUGGGGCCGCGGCUUGACUGCACAGGUGUGGGGGCGGGGCGUGAGGCGGCAGAGGGACACGAGGACUUGAGCGCAGUCCGAAGCCGCGCCACCUCGCCCAGCAACGGCUGCAACGGUGGCAACGGCUGCCAGGACUCCACAGACACCGAGAGCGUUCAGGAGGAGCCCAUCACCCACCACCUCAAACACAACCACCACCAGAACCACUUCCAGCACGGCUCAGGCCCGCUCCAGCUGCUACGCGCAAAAGAAGAGGAGCGAUCUGAUGGGGGGAUGGUCACGCCUGCCCCUUCCUCGCCGCCUGCGCCCUCCUCCACCUCCUCCUCGUCCUCGCUGCAGCUGCGGGUGGUGGACUCUGAGGGCCGCGUGCUGCGGUCGUUCCGCUGCGACCACUGCCGCCUGCUGUUCUUGGACCACGUCAUGUUCACACUGCACAUGGGCUGCCAUGGCUUCAGGAUGCCCUUCGAGUGCAACAUCUGCGGCCACCGCAGCCGUGACCGCUACGAGUUCUCCUCACACAUGGUGCGCGGGGAGCACGCCUCCGACAGCUGA